AUGCGACUCUUCACCUCUGUUCUGACCCCUCUGUUCUGCCUCGUAGCGUCAGCUGCUGCCGCCUCCGACUACCAUGAGCAGCUGGUUCUGAAGCCCCUGCCCCAGAACUCGGUCCUGGCCAGCUUCGACUUCAAGUCCAACACGAGCGUCGCCCAGUUCGAGGCGCACAACUUCCGCUACUUCCCGCGGUCGCUCGCGCAGAUUCUACAGCACGCCGGCACGAGAGAGCUUCAUCUGCGAUUCAGCCUGGGCCGAUGGGACGCCGAGACGUGGGGUGCGAGGCCGUGGCAUGGCACCAAGGAGGGCAGCACCGGCGUUGAGCUGUGGGCUUGGUUGGAGGCCGGAAGCGAUGAAGAAGCCGAUCAGAAGUGGCUGACGCUCACGAAUGCCCUCUCUGGUCUCUUUUGCGCCUCGCUCAACUUCAUCGACUCGACCCGAACCAUCCGGCCCGUCAUGUCCUUCCGGCCCGAGGGUGACCACCCAAAUACAACCAUGACAAACAUGCACUUGCUGCAUGGUGUCCUGCCUCGCGAGGUUGUCUGCACGGAGAACUUGACUCCCUUCCUGAAGCUGCUGCCCUGCAAAGGCAAGGCUGGCAUCUCGAGUCUGCUGGAUGGCCACAAGCUGUUUGAUGCUUCCUGGCAGAGCAUGGCCAUUGACGUCCGUCCCGUCUGUCCUGCUGGCGGAGAAUGCGUACUAGAGAUCGAGCAGACUAUAGACAUGGUGCUAGACAUUGAGAGAUCGAAGCGACCUAGGGACAAUCCCAUCCCGCGCCCGCCACCGGGCCACGAGCUGAAAUGUAAUACCUCCAAACCAUACAACAGCCACGACACGUGUUUCCCUACCGACUCGCUCUCGGCUCAAGAGUGGACUAUCUCUCAGGUGUUUGGCAAGUCCAUGAAGGGGACCUGCCCCCUUACUGAUCCUGCUGUACCUCCCGUGUGCAUCCAAGCACCACAUAGCAGGGAUGUCUUCACAUCAGCUGGCGUCACGGAGCUCAAGGUCAAGGAGAACGAACGCUGCUAUCUGGCUCCGGCCGAGGACGACUUUGAGCUUGUGCUGCCGCACAUGCCUCAUGAGGGCGAGAAUGCGAAAUCCGAUGCCGACGAAUAUGUAAAACCCGAGACCCCCCUCCUAUAUGCCGAGAGGAGUUUCACUGGCCAUGGUCAGCAGCGGGGUGGUGUCCAGACCAUCUUUACCAACCCGAGUCCCGACACCGAGGUUGAGUUCGUCUACCUGGAGAGCCUACCAUGGUUCAUGCGCAUCUACCUACACACGCUCCAAGCCCGCAUCUCCCAUCGCACCGGAUCGGAUAAGGGGGAGACGUUGGCGCCAGAGGGCGACGUCAUCCAGGAGAUCUACUAUCGGCCCUUCCUGGACCGCGAACGGGGCACGCAGCUGGAAGUCCGCAUGCGCAUCCCGCCCGCCAGCACCGUCUUCAUGACCUAUGAUUUCGAGAAGAGUAUUCUUCGCUACACCGAGUACCCACCCGAUGCCAACCGAGGCUUCGACGUGGCCGGUGCCGUCAUCACCAUCACACCAUUGACGCCAAACGGAAAGACCAGCAGCCUGAGGACCACGGGCCUGCUGCUGGACUUGCCCACCCCUGAUUUCUCCAUGCCCUAUAAUGUCAUCAUCUUCACAAGCACAGCCAUUGCUUUGGCUUUUGGUGGGCUGUACAACAUCCUGGUCAGGAGAUUCGUGGGGCAGGACGAAGGUCCCGAAGUCAGCCUGGUCAGACUCAAGGGAAAAAUUCGGGCCGCCGUCUCCAGACUGCAGAGCAAGACGAAGAAGCCCGGCACUCCAGGGAUGGCUGCGGAGGUUGCUGGGGGAAAAGAAAAGGAAGCUGCGAAGAUAGAAUAA